GUACCAAAUUUAUGGACGCAUUGUGUGUAUUAAAUUAUACAAUAGUCGCAUUGUGUUUACACCGGCCUGAUCUGCUCUUAUUGUUUCACAUUUGUUCUUCAUCAAAAUAUUAAGAUGGAUGACCAGUACAGCAUGCAGCAGCUCCGCGAGCUUUUGUCACAAGAAGCUAAUAGCCAGUGCUUUGACUGUGGAGCUCACGGUCCGUCGUGGGCAUCGCUAUCACAUGGCAGCUUCAUUUGUCUCAGCUGCUCAGGCAUACACAGAGGAUUUGGUCUCCAUGUGAGCUUUGUGAAAAGCAUCAAUAUGGAUACUUGGUCAUCUCGUCAGUUACUCUAUAUGAAAUAUGGAGGAAACCAAAAUUUGCGGAGCUUCUUCGACGAAAUGAACAUAUCCAGUAUACCAAUAUCUCAACGUUAUCAAACUGAAGGAGCGGCUUAUUACCGUAAAAAAUUACGCGCUAUGGUUGAUGGUAUGCCCCUACCUCCACCAAUCGAUGCAGAGGUUGCUAUACGUCCUGAAGCACAAAUCUCAGCAUCUUUGCCUACCGCUAAUAAUCAACUAGGAGCAAAACCAAACACUCCACGUGAAGAUUUCACCGAGGUAGACAUCAGGGACCCUGGUUCUCCAAAACCUGGUUCUUCAUUUCCCACCGAAAAAACAGAGGAGGAAGAGCAUGUUACACAUAUGUUUAGAAGAUCAGCAUCUGAUGGCAAAUCUAAUGACAACAAGUCAAAGAAUGAUUUCUUUGGUAACAUAGGAUCUACUUUGGGAUCAUUAGUGGACAAUGCCAUUCAUACAGCUGGCAGUGCGGUUAAUGACAUCAAAAACAAUAAUGUACUCGACCAAGCUAAAGGAGCUUUCGAAGUAACAAAAACAUGGAUUGAAACGCAGAGCAAACGUAUCGCGACCAAUGUCCAGGAUCCUGGUUGGUGGGAAAACAAUCACAACAAAGCAAAACAAGAGGCUACUAAGGUUGCUUAUCACAUUCAAAGUGCGGCAAACCAAGCUCAACAUUGGAUUCAAAAGAAAGUGGCGGAAAUUAACGGUACCAAUGAACGGCCAAGGUCAACCUCGCAAGAGGGAGGAUCUACAUCAUCGCCUAAGCCGCCUACACAAUCUACACCAGGGCCAACUGGAGUACCCGGAGGUGCGAAUAUGUGGAAUGAACCUAAGGAAAGCGAGACUGAUGAUGUCAAUCCCAUAAUCGAGCAGUACCAGAAAUGAUUACUGUACAAAUUGUGGCCUAUAUCUAAACUUGGAAAUAUUUUACGAAGAUGGAAAGAAUCUGCUACUAUUU